CUAUGUUAGAACGAGAAAGACGCGAGCUAGUGAAAAGUUCUGAGCAAGUUUUUGUUGUUGUGGAUACGCGAAUUUAAAUAUUUUGAUACGAAUUUCUCUGUGCACGGUUACCCAGGCAACGUCAUGGUGUAAAUGUGAAUCUUCGUACACUAACGCACAAAGAAACAGCGACAUGUACAGCCGUCUUCACCUAGUGAGCGCCUGAGGGUCUGUAACCAUGGCGAAGCAGUUCAACAUUGACGACGCCUUCUCAUUGGAAGGAGAGGAGGAAGGGGCGGGGCCAGAGGAGGACUUGGAUGGAUGGAAGGAUAGAGAGAGAGAGCGCGAUGGAGAGAUGACGUUCGGACCCUUGACGUUCUCCAAACCACAGAGUCUUCCCUCCUCCUCCACCGGAACGAUGGAUCACAGCAACCUCAAAUACCAGAACCUGGAGAAUGAAGAGGCUUUGAGCAGUCCUGUAAACUCCACCUUUAACAACCUUUUUAAAAUCAGUGAUCCAGCCACGCUCUCCUACUGCAGCUCUCAGUGGUCAUUCAGCACACUGAGCUCUGUUACACAGCUCUCUGCACACUGCUGCGGAUGGACAUCUCAUCCUUUAAUAAAAAAGAACAGGAGAGUGGUCCUCGCCUCAUUCCUCCUCCUCAUCACUGGACUCGCUCUGAUUUUUACAGGAAUCGUCCUCGAGUUAAACCCACACGCAGAGAUUUCAAGUGCGAUUUUCUUUGUCUCUGGAUUUCUUCUCUUCAUUCCUGGUGUUUACCACGUGAUCUACAUAAGCUGUGCUGUUAGAGGACGAAGGGGAUUCAAGUUCUUUUACCUGCCGUACUUUGAGAAAUAGUGACUCUAUCCCUCUCUUUCUUUCUCCUUCUCUCUUCAGAUUUGUCCAGUGCCUUUCUUUCUUUCUUUUUUUCCAUUUGUUUUAAAGUUUUCAAUCAAACGCAAAAUACAGAAAUGAGGUGAAGCUCUAUGGGUAAUGCUUUACAAUAAGAUUCUUUAAAUUCACAUUAAUGUAUAAUCAAUGUGAACAAAAAUCCACCAUUUUUAAUAUUAAAGUAAUUAACACUUGCAUUAUUCCAUAAUUCCAGCACUAGGUUUAUUUUCAGUCAUUAAUGGGAUAAUGUUUUACAAACCUUUUGCGUUGGUUAAUUUGUGGAAAUUUAACAUUUAAUCCCACUGACCUGAGUUCAGCUAAUCAAUAGUUUAUCAUUUUAUUUCCAAGGUGUGGAUUUAUCUUGAGUUAUUGAUUGAAUAAGAAAUAAAACACUGUGUUGUGCUGUUAUGGGAAAUUAAUCAACAUCUGGGUGGUGUAGUGUGAAGUGAAGUGGAGUUACUGUUACCUCCCUGCAAAUAAUUUGCCCAUAACAACAUGACCUCGAGUGUUUUAUUCCUCUUAUUCCAUAGCAGUUUGCCAACUAUUUUAAUAUUUUAUUCAUGAAUGAACAUCAUUAAUUUUUAUCCGCUUAUAGUUAUGUUUAAUGUUGUCAAGCAUCCAUGAAACAAGUUCCUGUUGCGGAAGAAAUAUUAUUAAUGCAAGAAUUUAAGAUUUACUUUAAAUAUGAACCAUUUUAAACUUUAGCACAAGUGUUGAUUACUUUAGCAUUAAUUACGGUUUAUUUAAUAAUGUUAACUAAUGUGUAAAUAAUGUCCGUGAACCUAAAUGUAAAGCAUUCCUGCUGUAUUUGUGCAAUUGUGAUGUUAAAUCCUGUGAAAAAUUCUCUCAUUUCAGGAUAUAAUCUCAUAUCCGAGUAGCUUUACUUUGCACAUGACGUAUCGUAGAUCCAGUUUCAGGGGCAGACACACAGCUACUGAGCUGAAAUCACACUCUUAAUUCACAUCACUGAUAUGUUUCAACUUUUGUUUUAUUUUAAUGUAAUUUUAGAUAUUUUUUAAAACUUUUUUAACCCUAAAUUGACGGCAUUGACUACAGUCCUGCUGUAGGAGCUGUUCAGAGGGAAAAAAUGCUUUGCCGUGAAGAGAUGGGUGUAGAUUUUGAGAAGACAGUGAUUAUGAGCCUCAUCAGAAGUCUUGAACGAAGUGAAGAAGUGCCAGAUUUCCUUUCCCUGCACUGUUUUUAAUCUUUAAUGAACUAAUACCACUAAUAACAUAUUGUACCACUGUAAAGCUCAGUGAACUUCCAGUAUGUCUGCAUGGAAGAGUUAUUUAAAAAAAAAAAAAUUUUUUUUUAAUCAGUGUGACACUAC